AAUAUCUGCUUUUCAGCAAGAAGUCGAGGGUAUAUUGUCUGAUAUACAAUAAAUUGAUACCGAUAUUAACUAAAACAUGUGAUCAAUUUACAUUUUGCAAAAUAGGGCACGUUAUAAAAACCUCACCACUGCCCUUAAUAUAAACUCAGAUUUAAAAAGUAUGGUCUUGUUUUUUCUCUUGAAAUGAAUCUAGAGCAGAAUUAAAUAAUCAACAGAAAAUCUGAAUAAACGCUUACCUCCAUUGAUACAAGCCAUAUCAUGAUAUUAUUGGUUGUUGUCGUUAUAGUGGGUAAUUUUUUUAAGUACACGGCCUUCUCAUCAAGCACCAGUCCCAUAUGGUCUAGCGGUUAGGAUUCCUGGUUUUCACCCAGGCGGCCCGGGUUCGACUCCCGGUAUGGGAACUACCAUUUUAAGCAGUCAACAUGAAGCCCGAGAGGGAGGACAUCAUUUUUCAGGCUCUCCUCUUGAUCCACAUCCCUGUUGCCUGCCUCUUCACUGCAGUGUCAGGUCAGUCUGGCAGCAGCAGCAGUGUGGUGGUGGCAGGGUACAAUGUGAGCGCCCCCGCUGGGUCCAAAGUGCUGCUACAGUGUGUGAGCGGCCGCAUGGUGUGGACCAGAGACCAGCUGAAGGACAGGCAGAGGGUGGUGCACUGGGACAUGUACCGGGCCCGGCCAGACUACGCCAUGGAGAGGGUGCUGGACAUGUACUCUGCGGGGGAACAGAGGAUCUACAACUCCUACAACCAGGGCCGGGUGGGCCUCAGCCACAGAGCCUUCAGGGAUGGGAACUUCUCCCUGGUCAUCAAAGACGUGACGAUGAAUGACAGAGGUCUGUACUCCUGCAACCUCCACCAUCUCUACUGCCACCUGUACGAGACAAUCAUGGUGCAGCUUAACGUCACCAAAUCACGUCGUAAAGAGCAGCGUUUCUGGGAUGGACACAAGGCGGUGUAUGUGGUGCUGCUCGGCAAUACCGCGGUGCUGCCGUGCAUCAACCGCCGCAAUGUGUGGACAGACUGGAGUGAUGAGGAGGAGGACCAGCAGGUUGUCCACUGGGACCGUCAGUCCCCAGGGGUCCGCCACGACCGGGCCGACCGCCUGGUGGAUCUGUACGCCUCUGGAGAGCAGCGCAAUUACGGACCGCUAUUCCUCCAGAGGAAGAUGAACAUCAGCAGUCAGGCAUUCUCAGAGGGAGACUUUUCCCUUUCCAUAACUAAUCUGCGGCCCACAGACCAGGGCAUGUAUUCCUGCCAUCUCCACCACCAUUACUGUGGUCUGCACGAGAGAAGAGAGUUUCAGGUCACAGUGGAAGCACCAGUGAUUCAGGCCACCCUGCCAGCCAAAGCACUACCCAGUGAAGACAAAGACACCACUAAGGCUGAAUCACCGCGAGUCAUCAAUGUUAUCCUGCCCGACCAGAGACACCACUUUCUGAUGCCGCUGGGCUACGUCCUCACCUCCUUCCUGCUCCUGGCCUUCAUUAUACUCAUCAUCAUCCUCAUCACACGCAGACGUAAAACCAAAGAGUUUCACCCUCAACCAUCUAUGAGGUCCAGCAGAAGUGAGAGCAGCUCAGAAGAGUUUGAGAUGGACAUUGCUGAUGGCAAUGUGAGCAGUCUGGAGCCUGAAGGAGAGAAACGACUUGACUUCAAGAACAACCUGCUGAAAGAGAAGGUCCACACUAGCACUCAGCCUAAAGUAAUUGAUCUUGACAAAGAGAUGCAGAAAUUCUCUAAGUGAGGAAGAGACAAAUAGAUGGCGAAACUUGAGUCACUGGCUGGUCCAGGAAGCUGCACUCCAAAUUAAACACAUCCACGUGCCUUAUGUCCAGGCAAAGACAGCAGGAGACACAAUGUUGUGAAAUGUAGAAAAAUAUGUUUGUUAAAAACACCACAUUGAGGCCGUUUGUUGUUUUAAUUGUAAGUAUUAGAGACCAAGGAAAAUGUGUUACGUUUCUUUCAUUGUACUUGAUCAAGUCUGGACUUGGACCGUUGGCGCUACCUAGAGGGGACUUGUUAACAGUGCCGUGUUAAAGUAGCAAUGUGUGCACAGCGCACGUUAACCCUUAGAUGCAUAAGUGGGUCUUUUUUGACCCGGUGAGGUGGUUUUCUUGAAGUGUCUUUGUAAUUACAUUUUUUUUAUCAUUUCAUAUUCCAGCUAUUCCUCAAAAAACAUGUUUUGGAUAUCAUGCCAUUCAAAUGUUUUAUUUACAUUUUAAGAAAUUGUAGUUUAUAUGCAUUUCCUAUGGGGAAACGUUUUUUUUUCAAAAUGUAAUUUUUUUUUCUAAAAUUAUAAAUAGUAAAAUAAUUAAAUGUGAACCAAAAUAUAAUUCUAAAUAUGAUACAAGUGAUUUUUCUUAACCAAAAUGACAAAAAUGGCAUAAAAACACAUUAUUGUAAUACGGGUCCUUUUUGACCCACUUAUGGAAGAGUGUGGUCAAGUCACUCGUGCAUCUAAGGGUUGAAUAAAGUUUUAAUUGAGUACAUUUUCAUUUGAUACCGCUUCCAUGAUUAUACCUAAAGCGUAAGUAAAUACCGUUUUUCUUCUAUUUUUACUCACAUAUCCAUCUUUGCUUAACUGACUGGACUGAUACGUCACCGAAGCUCUACUUUAUGUGUAGCUCCUGCUUCCUGCUUUAUGCUCACUGACCAAUGAGCAGUGUAUGUAGAAAAUGUUUUGUUCUGAUGCUCAGAUUGUAUUUUUUACGUAAUGUUACUUUUUACAUGUAUUUACAAUUCAAUGUGUGAUGCUGAUUUUAAAUGAUGUGGGUAUUCAUGAUUGGUUUAAGGAGUUAACUUGGCUCUUUGAGUUCAAUGGACGUUUGGUAAUGGGUUAGGAAAAGCAGUGUUAAUAAUAUUAACAAAAGCUCUGCUCUAUUCAAGUAUUUCAUAACAGUGAGCCAGCAUGCACAAUAAAUGGAGUCAUCAUUCUUUUACUAUUUA